AUGUCGCAACUGAUCACUUUAGCCACUUGUAAUCUGAAUCAGUGGGCCCUGGAUUUUGAAGGUAAUAGAGAUCGUAUCUUGGAGUCCAUCAGAAUAGCCAAAGAGAGAGGUGCUCGAUUGCGUGUUGGACCUGAACUGGAGAUUACGGGCUAUGGCUGCUUAGAUCAUUUCCUGGAGAGCGAUGUCAGUCUGCAGUCAUGGGAGAUGUAUGCUCAAAUUAUAAAGAGAUCAGAGACGCAUGGCAUAUUGCUGGACAUCGGUAUGCCUGUGCUGCACAAGAAUGUUCGUUACAACUGUCGUUUGCUCUCCCUUGAUGGUCAAAUUAUGUUCAUUAGACCAAAGAUGUGGCUGGCAAACGACGGUAACUACCGUGAGAUGAGAUUCUUCACUCCAUGGAUGAGAGAGUGCGUUGUCGAGGACUUCAUCUUGCCUCCAUUGAUUCAGAAGAUUACUGGCCAAAAGACUGUGCCAUUUGGUGACGCAGUCAUUAGUACCUUAGAUACUUGUAUUGGUGCUGAAACAUGCGAGGAACUCUUCACUCCACGGUCUCCAAGCAUCAACAUGUCAUUGGAUGGUGUGGAGAUUAUUACAAACUCUUCAGGCUCCCACCAUGAGCUUCGCAAGCUGAACAAAAGAAUGGAUCUGAUCAUCAAUUCUACAAGCCGUUGUGGUGGUGUUUAUCUCUACGCUAAUCAACGUGGUUGCGACGGUGACAGGUUGUACUACGAUGGAUGUGCUCUGAUUGCGGUAAAUGGUAAAGUUGUUGCCCAAGGUUCUCAGUUUUGCCUGAAGGAUGUUGAGGUUGUUACAGCAACCGUAGAUUUGGAAGAAGUAAGAAGUUACCGUGGCUCAGUCAUGUCUCGAGGACUACAAUCGUCCUCAUCAGAAAUGAGAUAUAAAAGAAUUCAUGUACCAGUGCAGCUGGCUCCCGCACCUAUGAGAUUCGACCAAAGCAUCGUCGCAUCAAAAGCACGUGAAGUGUUUUACCACUUGCCUGAGGAAGAGAUUGCGUUAGGGCCUGCAUGCUGGUUAUGGGAUUAUCUAAGGCGCUGCAAUGGCUCUGGAUACUUCUUGCCUUUAUCUGGUGGAAUUGACUCCUGCGCUACUGCGGUAAUCGUUCAUUCGAUGACUCGGUUGGUGCUCAAAGAAAUAAAAGAAGGUAACAAGCAGGUGAUUCGGGAUGUUCGUAAAGUAGCCCGUAGCUCAGACCCCGAUUGGCUACCUAAAGACGCCAAAGAACUAGCUGGCAAGAUCUUCCAUACAUGCUACAUGGGUACCGGAAACUCAUCGAAAGAAACACAAGAUCGAAGCGCCCAGCUUGCGAAAGAGAUUGGAGCGUAUCAUGUAGAUCUUAAAAUGGAUAACGUUGUUUCGAGCAUUGUAACUCUAUUUGAGGUAGCGACUGGCAAGAGACCGGUUUUCAAAAUUUUUGGUGGUUCUCAUACAGAAAAUUUAGCAUUACAGAAUAUUCAGGCCCGUGUGAGAAUGGUUCUUUCAUAUCUGUUUGCACAGCUUCUGCCAUGGGUAAGGGGUAUUCCAAACACCGGGGGGCUCCUUGUCCUGGGCAGUGCUAAUGUGGAUGAAUGCUUGAGGGGAUAUUUGACAAAGUAUGACUGCUCAUCGGCAGAUUUGAACCCUAUCGGUGGAGUGUCCAAAACGGACUUGAAGAAAUUUAUUGCGUACGCAUCGGUGGAGUUCGAUAUGCCCAUAUUGGAGAGUUUUCUAUUGGCUACUCCUACUGCAGAACUAGAGCCAAUAACCAAGGAUUACGUUCAGUCGGACGAAAUAGACAUGGGAAUGACUUACGAAGAGCUGAGUAUAUUUGGCUACUUGCGGAAAGUCGAGAAAUGCGGACCUUAUUCAAUGUUCUUGAAGCUACUACACGAGUGGUCGCCUAAGCUAACUGCAGCCCAAGUCGCUGAGAAAGUUAAAAGAUUUUUCUUCUUUUAUGCUAUUAACAGACACAAGCAAACAGUCCUGACUCCCAGUUAUCAUGCCGAGCAAUACUCGCCUGAUGACAAUAGAUUUGAUCUGAGACCAUUCUUGAUCGAUCCCAGGUUUGCCUGGGCGUCAAAGAAGAUUGAUCUGGUCGUUGCCCAAUGCGAGGGCAAAAGCUCAAAUUCCUUGGACGUCAUGUCUAUCGACUAG